CUCAGAUAAAAAGGAAAAAUCGAGAGAUCUACAAAAUUGUACACCUUUACCUGCUCUAUUCCUAACCCUAGGUCUUUGUUGCACCCACACCGAAUCCACCGCCGUUCCACUUGACCUUCACCUGGGUUUCUUUAAUCUUCUUCCCCUCUCUUCGGACACCAGGGUUUUGUGUAAAUGAGAGGCAGGAGUUAUACUCCAUCUCCGCCCAGGGGCUACGGCCGGAGAGGACGGAGCCCCAGCCCCAGAGGCCGUUAUGGUGGUCGCGCUCGAGACCUUCCUACAAGCCUUUUGGUUCGCAACCUCCGCCAUGACUGCAGGCCAGAAGACCUUCGCAGGUCCUUCGAAAGAUUUGGUCCUCUUAAAGAUAUAUAUCUGCCCAAGGAUUAUUAUACUGGGGAACCUCGAGGGUUUGGUUUUGUCCAAUAUGUUGAGCCUGCUGAUGCUGCUGAAGCCAAAUACCAGAUGGAUGGCCAGGUUCUUCUUGGUCGAGAGUUGACUGUUGUCUUUGCUGAAGAAAACAGGAAGAAACCAGCUGAAAUGAGACACAGAGAGCGAGCGAGAGGAGGUCGAUAUCGUGAUAGGAGAAGGUCCCCUCCUCGUUACUCCCGUUCACCUCGAUAUUCUCGGUCUCCACCUCGUCAUGGGAGAUCUAGGUCACGCAGUCGUGAUUAUUCCCCUCCUACAGUGAGACAUUACUCAAACAGAUCUGUUUCACCCCAAGAUGGACGGUACAACCAAGAUAGGUAUUCACGUUCUCCACCGUACAAUGGCUCAAGGAGCCGGAGCCAUAGUCUAGACAGGGGGCAAGGCCAUAGCCGGAGCAGAAGUCGAAGCCCGAGAAGAAGCAGAAGCCCAAAUCUGAGAAGAAGCCGAAGCAGAAGCCACAGCCCAAGACGAGUUGGAAGUCCACCCAGAAGCAGAAGCCAGAGUCCAAACCAUGAGGAGUACAAGAGGGAAGUAAAUGGAGAAAGGUCUCCCAAUCAGUGAUAUUUGUGCUGCCAUCUUUUGUAGCAUUAUUUCUAGGUACUGUAUUGUUUGGUGUAUUUGAUUAUGAAGGGUGGUGUUUGAACUGAAAGUUGAUAGAAUACUUUCUUGGUUUUGGAGUCCGACUGGUUAUGUUAAAAUUUCAGUUAUUGGUACUGAGAUAUUCUUACGUAAGGCAUGCUCUGUGAGUGAUAUUGAUGAA